UAAUCACCGCGCGGGGGGCGUGGUCAAGGUGGGCGGGACCUCUGCGCGCUCGCCUAAAAGGGGAGGAGCUGACUGAGGUAGAGGUCGGGUUUCAGGUGUAGGAUUCCGGGACCCUGUAGAGCAGCAGCUGUUCAUGCUCCGGUACACUGUGAAAGUUUGUGAAUAAUUAACCAAGAAUAGCUUAUCUGUACAAACUCCUAAAGAAGAAAGAAAAUGGCUAUUGCUGAGUUUUCUUUUCAUGUGCCAAGUCUAGCGGAGCUUGCUGGAGUUAUGCAGAAAGGACUAAAAGAUAACUUUGCUGAUGUCCAGGUUUCUGUAGUUGAUUGCCCUGACUUGACUAAGGAACCAUUUAACUUUCCUGUAAAAGGCAUCUGUGGGAAAACUAGAAUUGCAGAAGUAGGAGGUGUGCCUUACUUAUUGCCUCUUGUAAACCAAAAAAAAGUUUAUGACCUGAAUAAAAUUGCAAAAGAAAUCAAGCUGCCUGGAGCUUUUAUUCUUGGAGCAGGAGCAGGUCCAUUUCAGACUCUUGGGUUCAAUGCUGAGUUUAUGCCAGUUAUUCAAACAGAAAGUGAACACAAACCUCCUGUGAAUGGAAGUUACUUUGCCCGUGUUAACCCUGCAGAUGGAGGGUGCCUACUACAGAAAUACAGUGAGAAACACCAUGAUUUUGGGUGUGCAUUACUGGCUAAUCUUUUUGCCAGUGAGGGCCAACCUGGCAAGGUCAUUGAGGUGAAAGCCAAAAGAAGAACUGGACCACUUAACUUUGUGACUUCUAUGAGACAGACUCUGGAAAAACAUUAUGGAGAUAAGCCUGUAGGGAUGGGAGGUACUUUCAUAGUUCAGAAAGGAAAAGUGAAGUCUCACAUUAUGCCUGCAGAAUUUUCUUCCUGCCCCUUGAACUCAGAUGAAGAUGUGAAUAAAUGGUUACAUUUUUAUGAGAUGAAGGCUCCUUUGGUUUGUCUACCAGUUUUUGUCUCCAAAGACCCAGGUUAUGAUUUGAGACUGGAGCACACGCAUUUUUUUAGUCAUCAUGGAGAAGGUGGACACUACCAUUAUGAUACUACCCCAGAUAUAGUGGAAUAUCUUGGAUACUUCUUACCUGCAGAGUUUCUUUAUCGUAUUGAUCAACCAAAAGAGACCCAUACAAUUGGACGAGAUUAAAUCAUCUGAUACUCAUUUAGAAAAAGAAGUAAGGUUAAUUGAUUAACUCACUAAUUGACUAUAUUAACUCACUUAUUAUAAAAUCUAACAGAAAUUAUCUUACUACUUAAACUCCACUUUUUAUUGGCUUUCAAAAUGAAGGGAAUAUAUUAACAUUCUUUGUUAUUUCAUAGAUCUGUCUGAAAGAGAUUAUUGGGAACAAAGAUACCUAAUUAAGAUGUUCUUUAAUUUUUCCUACAUUUAUUGAACCAACUUCAUUGUUUUUUGUAGUAGGAGCAAGAUCAAUCUUAUGUUUAUAUCUUUAAAUGUAAACAUGAUCAGGAAUCAUGUAAUUAUUCCUACUAUGUAGUAAUAAUAACUUACAUUUGUAUGACAUUAUUAAAUUUUUCAAAUUAGUCUCACAACUUAUAAGUAGAUAUUUCUGAGUAUUAGAAAAAUCAAGUGUUUAGAAAUGUUCAGUGAGCUCCAGCCUGGACAACAGAGUGAGAUUCCAUCUCUUAAAAAAGAAAGAAAAAAAUGUUGAUAGUUGUUGAAUCCUUGUAUUGGAUUUUAAAUAACCAUUCUAGAAAUCAGAGUAUACUAUUUUUCUAGAACAAAGUGGCAAAGGGGAGCCUUUCACCCUUUUGGCGAAGUUAAAACAGAUUCAGAAGUUUGCAGUUUGCCUUUCACAGACAUUAGCAAUUCGUGGUGUUAGCCAUGAUUCCUCCCCUUGUUUGGAUUGCCAAUUAGAAGCAGUUUGUACCUUGCUGGUUAUUUGCAAGAAAAGGGAAAAGAAACAGCAUCAAAAUACAACAUUGAAGUGAGCAUACUGCUAAAAAUGACCACUGUCCUCUGUGAAAUAUAAAAUUACACUCUUACUGAUUGUAAUGGCUGAAAUUUUCCUCAAUGUUCCUCUAUAAUCAUUAACCAGAAAUCAACUCUCUAGUCUUACUAAUGGCAACCUUGCUAAUGUACAAGAUGCAGGAGCUCUUUGGUACAAUAUUUUUGAUGGUUUAUUUUGGAUGUUAGCUAUGUCUUAUGAGCAUAAAUUCCUAAAUAUUUUUGAAUAAGCACUAUUUUGAAGCAAAAAAUAAUAAAAAUGUUCAUGAUA